UGCUAUCUGCCUUAUUGGUCGCAAGCUCGCUCGGGAGGGCGGUGACGAAAUUGAAAGCCCGCUGAAAACCCUAGCGUCUUGACCAUUAUCACAGCCACUCCCUCUCUCCUCUCCUACAAUUUCGUUCUGGUAAAUAUUGUUCAUCGUUUGCGAUAAUGGGUCAAAAUCUGUCUCACUCCCUUAAUCUGAAACCAUUGAGUUUCAGUUCCAUAAUUCUCCAUUUCUGCGUAAAGGGCUCUCUUAGUUUUAUGCAUCGCUCUGAUCUAACUCACUUUCUGUAGUGGAAAGUGAUAACAUUUAUGUAUUGGAUGGUAUAAAAGGUGUCUUCAGGCUUUGGUUGCUAUGCUAUCUUUUCUGGGAUAUUCACCAUCUCCAUGAAGAGUACGGAAUCAAAGCAAAAACCCAAUACAAAGUCUGGGCGACCCAGUUUUAAUUCUGGCCAUAACCACAAAAGAAUCGUGAUCGAAAAUAUCUGUGAACCUAGAGCUGAGCCUAGCGAUGGCGUGGCGUUGCAGAUGACCCUCUUAUUCUUCACAACCCGUACCCCUUGGGUUCGAGCCUCCAAGGUUGCCAUUGCCCAUUUCCACAGUCUCGCCCAAGGAGUAUCUUGGUCCAGGCCCUUCAGUGAUAAAGAGGUAAUCUCAAACCGAAGUUCCGACGCUUGGUUGGUCAAGGUUGUGUGUACGCUAUUUAUUCGUUCGCAUCUGUCAGAUACUUGUUUGGGUUAUUUGAGUAAGAACUUGACCCCAUUGAUUGCGUUUGAGGUUGUUAGAAGGUUAAAUAAUCCGAAGUUGGGCUUGAAGUUCUUCGAGUUCAGUAGGGAGAGUUUGAGUGUCAGUCAUACGCUCAGGACUUACAAUUUGCUUAUGAGGUCUCUCUGUCAAAUGGGUGCUUACGAUUCGGCAAAAGUAGUAUUUGAUUGCAUGAGGAGUGAUGGGCAUUUGCCUGAUAGUUCAAUUGUGGCAUUUUUGGCAUCGUCGUAUACACAAGUGGGCAAGUUUGAUCUUGCUAGGAAAUUGCUCGCUGAAGCUCAGCGUGAUAAAGUUGGAUUGAGUAUUUUCGUAUAUAAUAAGUUGUUGGAUGAGUUGGUUAGGCGGAAUAUGGUAGAUGAGGCCAUUUGCUUAUUUAGAGAGCAUAUGGAAUCACAUUCUCAUCCUGAUACUUUCACUUUCAAUAUUCUUAUUCGAGGUUUAUGCAGAAUGGGAGAAGUUAAUCAGGCGUUUGUGUUUUUGAACGAUAUGGGGAGGUUUGGUUGUUCUCCUGAUGCUGUUACUUAUAAUACUCUUAUAAAUGGGUUAUGUCGAGUGAAUGAGGUAAAUAGAGGGCAUGAAUUGUUGAAGGAGGUACGGACAAGAGGUGAGCCUAAACCAGAUGUUGUAACUUAUACAUCAUUGAUAUCGGGUUAUUGCAAGUUGGGUAAGACGGAUGAUGCCUCUGUUCUUUUUGAUGAGAUGAUUAAUUCUGGAAUUAAACCAAAUGCCAUCACUUUUAAUGUUCUCAUUGAUGGUUUUGGUAAGGCUGGCAACAUGCUUUCCGCACUGUCCAUGUAUGAGAAGAUGCUCUUUCUUGGUUAUUUUCCAGAUGUUGUUACCUUCACUUCCCUAAUUGAUGGAUAUUGUCGAACCGGACAGGUUAAUCAGGGUUUGAAGCUUUGGCAUGAAAUGAGUGCAAGAAAUGUGGGUCCAAAUGUGUAUACUUAUUCUGUUCUUAUAAAUGGUUUGAGCAAGGAGAAUAGAAUGCAUGAGGCUCGUGAUAUUUUGAGGCAAUUGAAGUGGCGUGAUAUUGUCCCAAAACCUUUUGUGUACAACCCUGUAAUUGAUCUAUUUUGCAAGGCUGGCAAUGUUGAUGAGGCAAAUGAGAUUGUGGCAGAGAUGGAGGAGAAGAAAUGCAAGCCAGAUAAAGUGACAUUUACGAUUCUCAUCAUUGGGCAUUGUAUGAAAGGCAGAAUGUUUGAAGCCAUCAGCAUUUUUAACAAGAUGUUAUCGAUUGGUUGUGCCCCGGAUACAAUUACUGUGAACUCUCUAAUAUCUUGCCUUUUGAAGGCUGGGAUGCCUAAUGAAGCUUUUCACAUUAAGCAAACUGUAUCCCAGGACCUGGACUUGUUUACGCCAUCUUUGAAAAGAACUAUUCCUGUAGGAACAAAUAUGGAUAUUCCAAUGGCUGUUUAGUUGAAGGGCUACUAUGGAAGUGGACUUGAUUUUGUACGCCUAAUGGCUGGACAAUGCCAUUCAGCCAUUUUUUUUCAUUUAGCCCAAAUCAGGACCACACCCAGCCUGUGGCUCAAAAGUUUGACAAGUUGUAAGUUCUUCGUUCAUGUCUAUCCCCUCGGUGGAAUUAAAAGGAGUGGGCUCAAGAUUGGCACUGAUUGUCUUGAACUUGCCGGGGAUAUAUUGGAUGCUUACCAGAUGUAUGGAAUUCUGAAUGACAUUGAACG